AUGCCCAAUCUUAGAAGUCCCAGAUUUAACUGCGUCUUUGUGUCUCUCUUGCUUAUGUUGCUCCAAAUCCAAACCAUUGUGCUAUGCUACCAAUACAAAGUUGGAGAUCUAGAUUCCUGGGGGUUACCCACUUCAGCAAAUUCACAAGUCUAUGACAAAUGGUCCAAAUAUCACACCCUCAAAGUUGGUGAUUCACUCUUGUUUCUAUACCCACCAAGUCAAGAUUCGGUUAUUCAAGUAGCAGAGGAAUCAUAUAAGAGUUGCAACCUUAAAGAUCCAAUCUUGUAUAUGAACAAUGGUAAUUCGCUGUUUAAUAUUACAUCAGAGGGGGUUUUCUACUUCACCAGUGGAGAAGUUGGUCAUUGCCAAAAGAAUCAAAAGCUUCAAAUAUCUGUGGGUGUUGGGGGAAAUGUAAAUGCACCUGCUCCAACUUCAUUAGCACCUUCCUAUCCCACUGUAUUUGGCACCAUUCCUGUUUCUCCUUCUUCUUCUUUAUCUUCAACUUCUUCUUCCUCACCUCACCUUACUUCAACUUUUCCACUCGUUAUCAUUGGAUUCUUGUUAUGUUCAUUUCUCUCUAGCUUGAUGUGA